AUGACUGCUAAUGAAUCUGACUUCAUCAAAUUUAUGACCCUGGCUACUUUAGAAGCUCCUGUUUAUCCUAAUGAUUACGUCAAACCUUUAAAUCAGAUUGAAAAUUUGGGUGUUGCUUUAUCUCCAUUGCCCUAUAAAAAGUAUCGUUAUAAUGUCAAUAGCCAUAAAAAUGGAUCCUCCAGCGACAGCAUAUCAAAUGAUGGUUCUGAGACUGUAGAAUUAACUUUAAAAAAUAUCAGACCACCCAAAUUUAAUAUGGAUGUUAGCUUUAGUGUCAAUGAUACUAUUCAUCAAGUUAAACAAUAUUUGGUUACCAAUGUUGAAAGUAUUAUGGAUACUACACAACUAAAAAUUUUAUUGAAGGGUAAAGUUUUGCAUGAUAAUUUUUUGUUAGGUGAUUUAAAAGAAAACAAGGCCACCCUAACAAUUAUGGUAAGUAACAAGGUUGUCAAUAAAAAUAAUAAAGUUGAAGAGAAAAGUGACACAAUCGAAGAAAAAACUCUUAAAAAUAGUAACAAUGACAAUACUGUUGACACAUUAAAAUCUACUCCACCAACUUCUAUUGAUAGCGAUACCUCAGUUAAUGUAGAACUUCCAUGGAAUAAAAUUGAACAAGUUUUAAAAGAUAAUUACACUGGAUCUGCGGCAGCUGUAUAUUUAGCAAGGUUGAAAAAAGGUUGGGAUAUGGCUAAAUAG